AUGCCGGAUCCUUUCGUGAAAGGUGAAAUCCAUGAGAAGAAGGUCAUGCUUAGCGUCUGGUGGGGAGUUCACUACCGUUUCGAACUGCUGCCGGACAACACGACAGUUAACGCCAAGGUCUACUGCGCUCAACUGCAAAGACUGGCCGACAAGAUCUGCAAGGAGCACUCGAUGCUCGACAACAAAAUUCUAGAGCUCGAAUGGGAAGUUCUACCACCGUACAGCCCGGACCGUGCCCCGAGCGACUACCACCUCUUCCGAUCGCUUCAGUAUCACCUGGAAGAGAAGCACUACGAUGAUCGUCACCACCUCGAAAAUGACCUUCGGGCUUUCUUCGCCUCCAAGUCGCCGGAGGUCUACGCCAAAGGAAUCCGUGAUCUUGUGAGACGUUGA